GCAGUUAACAUAAUGACUUUAUGGAUAUGUUCCACUGAUAACUUCUUCGUGACUUUGUUCCAUAGGAAUCUGAUCAAUAAAUGAUGUAGAGUCGCUGGUUGAACCCACACCGGAUGUUAUCUACCCCAACCGUCCUUGUCAAUGUUUCUGAUAUAAAUAUUUUUAACUUGACGUUUCUAAUAAGAAGAACUGACCUAAGGAUAUACUACAGCGAUUCAUAGUAUUUACAGACUUUUAAUAGUUUCUGAACCAAAAUGAGACCGUCGAUCAUUAAAGACCCAGGGGAAACAAAGAUCGCAGAUCUGAGUGAAAUGAACACUUCCGGGUCACGGGUUCAUUGUUCAUUAGGUUUGGAGGGUAUCCAAACUUCUCGGCACAAUUCUCUGUCUUCUCUGCAGCUUUGUGAACAACUGUGCGACAUACUUCCUCUGUCUGAACAUAGCCGCCUGACGUUUCCAAAGGAUGACAAGAUCAUUCAAACUGAUAACUAUGUUGGUUCUAAUAGUUUAUUUAAAGCUAAGGCCUUUGAAGACUUGGGGAUUGAGUCUAUAUAUGAAAACGAGGACUAUUUCUUUAAUGGCAAUAUUUAUGAAGAUAUAAAUUGUACAACAAAACAUCUGGACAGGGGAGACUCGUCUUUGAGUAGAACUAUGACCUGCUACUCGGAAAGACUUCCUUGUGUUUCUCAAAUUAAGUCCCUUCCUCUGUGUGUUCAACAAACCACUCCGCCGGAUUCCGGAGUUUGCAGCGAGUCGACCUCUACUUUAACACAAAUGAACAAUACUAGUGACUGUGAUAGCUACUGCAAUUCAGACGACGCCGUUUCAGAGAAAAUUAGUGCUUUACUAAACAAUCCUCAAGAACAGGCUUUAACAGCUAGAAUACAAUCAGAUGAAAUCCUUUGUUCCAAUUGUGAAUGUGUCUCCUGUAACAGUCUAAACACAGAACUUGCAUGUACCUCGCAUAACGUGACAACGUGUACAGAAAAUAUCAGUCCAGAACCUGACCAAAGAACUAGUACCAGCACCACAGUUUCUGGCACUGAUGAGUUGCUACUACAUGUGGUGGCAAAGCUUGCCUCUCGUCAAAACUGUCUCAGAGAGAAGGAGAACCCACAAUCAAACGGCGUGAGCGAACAGCCGAGGAAGUCAGACAAAGACUCCAGUAAGAGAAACAAAUACACAAAACUGAAACGUUCUCGAGGUGUUCCCAAAGAGUCUUUCCUUUCCAAGUACACUUCCUGCCGGUGGGUUCUUGCUUACAUGUGUUUUAUGGGACGCUUCGUACAGACUGCUCUUCGUCAGUGCAUGGGCGUUGCUGUUCUGGGGAUGACGAUGAGGAGGACAUUCUUAGUGGAGGAAAUGUACAACGCCACCAUGGACACUACGACCCCGACUAAUUGGUCAGAGACCUACAACGAAUCUAUUGAUUCAUACAAUCAAACGUUUGAGGCUUACAAUCAAAGGGAAGUUCUGAUCAACAAAACCUAUACGGAGCAAGAGAUGUCAUGGGAUUCCAUAUUUGAAGGCGUGUUGUUGACCUCCUUCAACGCAGGGUCCAUCAUCACACCUAUUCUCGUUGGUUACCUGACAACAAGAUAUGGUGGACGAAACCUCAUGACGUUCUGUCUUCUCUGUGGUGGAGUUUUUACAGUUUUGCUGCCUGUGACGGCACGCGCUCAUCCCUCAUUGAUUAUAGCACUUAGACUUAUCACUGGAGUGGCGCUGAGUGGUUCCGAUUCCUUGAUACAGGCCAUGUGGGCCAAGUGGGCCCCCCGUUAUGAGCUAGCUUCACUUACUUCAUGUUCUUAUUCAGGUCUCAGUGUUGCUGGUGUCUUGACAUUUCUGAUCAGCGGUUAUCUUGUAUCUAUAGGUGGACACGGCAGAGGAUGGCCAUAUAUAUUUUAUGUGUUUGGCUCUCUGUGUCUCCUACUGGCUCCUAUUUGGUGGCUAACAGUCUACGAUUCACCUGAGAGCCACCCACGAAUCACCAAAAAAGAACUAGCUAUCAUUACGUUCACUAAGCAACCAGAAGUGUUCCAUGACAAACAGCCACUCAAGACACCUUGGAUGAGGAUUAUCAAGUCCCCGGCUGUGUGGGUGAUUUUGAUGGGUCACAUCUCCAACAAAUGGAUUCUCUCCUUCAUGUUGUCCUAUCUACCCAGAUACUUCUCAGACUUUUUCGCCUUUGAUUUAGAAACUGAUGGCCUUUUCUCGUCACUGCCAUUUGUUGGACGUAUUGUGUCUGGUCUGGUCACUGGCUAUUUGUCCGACUGGUUGCUGCUACGUGGAUUGUCUGUUUGUAAAACAAGGAAACUUUUCCAAGGGAUAGGCUGUUUUGGCUGUGCCUUGUUUUCGCUCUUCAUAGCAUUGAUCCCAACGCUGACCACUGGCUGGUCCAUCUCAUUAUUGGUCCUGGCAUUGUCCUUUCAGAACGUGACCUCAGUCGCUUUCAGGAUCAAUUUAUUGGACAUCGCGCCGAGAUACGCCGGGCUACUCAAUGGAGUUGUGUCCACCAUAGCCACGGUAAUCUCCCUGCCUGCCCCAGUCCUGACGUCACUGAUGAUAGCAGGGGGCUCACGUGAUGGAUGGACUAUCGUAUUCUGCCUCGUAGCUGCCUUCAAUUUUAUCGGUGGGCUUAUCUUCGUUAUCUUCGCUGAGGGAGACGUCCAGGACUGGGCCAAAUCCGACUACGCAAGCCUCAGCUCUGUGACGGUGGAUGUCCCCGAAGUUCACCGUCCAACAGACUCACAACUGGAAGUCUCCGUCACCGACUCCAGCGCUCAGGUCGAUCCUAAAGAGCUCCAGCUGCCCGUGCCGAGCCAGAGUAAGUUCAAAGUCAAGCCGCUCAGGGAAGUUAAGUCCGUGCCGUGCAGCAUGAGAAGAGGAAGCAAGAUAGCGAAAGUGAAAGUAGGAAGAAGAGCCACCUUGGACGAAGGAUCGUUGUUUAAACGUCUACAAAACCAGGCAUUUUCCAAUUUGGCACUAGCUGAUCUAUGAUCCAGGGUUGGUCUGUUUUGAAAGCGAUGACAAAAUGAAGGGGGCACUGCAUUCGAUUUGGUAGGCCUACAUCUGAAGUGAAAUAUGUUCUAGUGAUAAAGCUCUUUAGAGCUAAUGAACUUGUAAAUUGUAUACUAUUUAAAGAGAAGCAGAGCCUAUCCUAACAAGAGACGAAAGACAUUUUCUAAUGAGCACUGAUUUCAUGUUCAUAUGAUUUGAAAAUCGGAGUAAUAUUUAAUGAGAUUUUCAUCCGCCAUGUACUGAAGUCGAGUUGUUCUGGAGAAGAGAACAGCAAAUAUAAUGCUCACUACAUUAUAGCACGUUCAGAUGGAUAUGGACGUCAUAUAUGUAGGUCUACUCAAAUGACAUACAUUGGAACUCUUUUUUUCCCCAUACAUCUUCUCUCAUAGUUACAGACUCCGAAAUGACAUUGGGUUUGGACACAGCGCUGCACUUCUUGGAAACUGAAGAAUGACACUUUAAUUGGACCCAAGUGUUAGCGAGGCCUUGGUUCGAGUAGUCGAAUACACGAGAGCUAAAUAACGGCAAUAGUGCACACACAAGUCUCAUAUGUCUGAUGGAUGAUUCAACACACAUUUCUCGAGGAUCGAUACCAGGAGUAUUCCUUUGAAUCGUACACAGCAGACUUUAGACUGUACCUUAUGUUAUCAUUGGGGAAUUCUAACAGAGUUAGAGUUGACUUUUUGAAUUAUUCUUACACACACACACACACACACACAUGAUCAAACCUACUCAUAAGAUGUGAAAAAUGGACAACAGAUCUCUUUCAAUGUAACAUUGUUAUAAUUAAAAGAGUAAUAACGCAAACGGCCAAAUGUAACUCUGAUAGGACAAACCAACAAGAGGACACAAGCUAAAGUUUCCUCCUCGUUCUAGAGAGAAACAAAAACAAGAUUUUAACCUCGGAAAUCUGACCAGUCGUUAUGUUGCUAAGGCAACACAACUUAUUUAUUUUAGAAUCUCUUCAACAUUCGGUAUAACAAAACAAAAAUAUGAAAAAUCAGAGAUCAAAUGCACACAACUUGAACAUAAUAUAUUGUUUAAAAAACAUUUAGGCUUAUCAUAUACUUAAAACAACAAAAACUUUAUUUUUGUAUACUAUACUAUCAACAAAUUCAAGCGUGAGCACAUCAUUUCAGGAUUUGAUGGACACAUCAUUCGAGUAGCAUUGAUGAACUCCAUUUGAGCACUAUUAAUGAGCAGUCCAUAGGGGAAGCAAUGAUGGAUAUUCUGAGAACAAAUUGACCUAAUGGACACACUGUUUGAGAAUCGUUGUGCUUACUUCAUUCUAAAAACAUAAAAUUAAGAAAUGCUUAUUUAGUUUUAAUUAUAGUUAGUAGUUUUAGUGUGUAUAUUGCACGUAUUUUUAACAUUCUUAAAACGUAUGCCUAUCUUGAUAAAUAAUUCUAGUUUUGACAGCUGAAUAAAUUGAAUUGAACUAUA